AUGGCUGUGCUGCACAGGGCCCUCUUCACCUGGUUCAAUCUCCUAAUCUUCCUAAUCCUCCUGGUGCUGAGGUUGGACCAGAGGAUCCAGUGGAAUUGGUUUAUUGUCUUCAUUCCAAUGUGGCUCUACGAUAACAUUUUACUGACUUAUGUUGUGUUCAAUAUGAUAUCUCACUGUAAGAAUGGGCACGACAGGAUUAACACCCUACGUCGAAAGGGAUGGUACGUCCUGGCAGUUCUUCUAAAAUUCAGUGCUCAAAUUUUAAUCUGCCUAAAACUAGAAACACCCCAAUGGAGUUUACCAGCUAAAGCAGUCCUGGCUCCUGUCUGGGUACUUCUCCCAGCCCUCGCUGUUGACGUUUUUAUUCAUUUAAUUCAACAGUCAAGAUACUGACCAAUUCUCAGAGACAUAUACGUCCUGCGUCACAGUCGUCAUUGACAGACAAUUAAAAGUAAACUUGCUUGAACCUUAUAUUCACCUUCAAACGAAAAUAAUUAGGAAUUUACUAGUCAGGCGUUCGGACGACGCUAUCCAGUUUAUCCUUAGUGAAAAAAAAUUGUGAUUGUGAUAAUUUAUAGAAUUAAAAAAUGACUAUUAUAAGCUGCCUCGUGGAUAACUUUUUAGUGCACUCGUAAAUGCACACCGGGAACAGGCUAAUCGAAGCCACGUUUUGACGUAAAUCAGAUGGUAAACAAAUAUUGAAUACGUCAUUCGAGCUUUGAUUCACGUGGAAACAUCUAAUUUUACGUGUUUCACGAGACCAACCCUUGGAUCCGCGCCCAAAUAAUUAAGAAAAUAAAUCAUCAAAACCUUUCCAAAA